AUGGCGGUCUCUGCACUUGACUCCCGCGUCUUUCGCAACUUAUUUGGAACACAAGAAAUUCGUGACAUCUUCACCGAUGAUGCAUAUAUCAAGUGCUUGAUUGAAGUUGAGGCUGCAUUGGCACGGGCCCAAUCGAAAACCGGAGUUAUCCACCCAGAGGCAGGAGAUGCGAUUACUGCAACAUUCGCUGACGUGCAACUCGAGUAUGUCAGAUUGCCCCGGCAGAAGAGAGUGGAAACUAACAAGCGACGAUGCAGCUACGAUCGCCUCGCACGUGAAACAGAUGUUGUUGGAUACCCUGUUCUUCCACUUGUCUGUCAAUUGGUGGAAAGAACACCAGACGAAACAUCCAAGUACAUCCAUUGGGGAGCAACUACACAAGAUAUCAUGGAUGAUGCGUCCAUGCUUCAGAUCAAGCGUGGGCUUGUUCUUGUGGAAAGGGAGCUACAUACUCUCAAUGGAGUUCUCGCAAAUCUGGCCACUACCUACCGCGAUACCCCCAUGGCAGGUCGCACACACCUUCAACACGCCUUACCUUGCACUUUCGGUUAUAAAUGUGCUGUUUAUCUAUCAAGUGUGCUUCGGCACUUGGAACGGAUGGAGGAGAUUAAACAAAGAUGUCUGCUCGUGCAGUUCGGAGGAGCGGCCGGCACGAUUGCGUCUCUGGGCUCAGACGACCCAGGUCUACGGGUACGCGCUCAACUCGCUCUGGAGCUGGAUCUGCAAAAUCCAUCCAUCACCUGGCACGUCGCCAGGGAUAAUAUGGCAGAAAUCACGAAUUUUUUGGCCCUUGUCGGUGGCACCUUGGGAAAAAUUGCGCUGGAUCUCAUGAUCAUGUCUUCUAACGAGUUUGAUGAAGUAUCAGAGCCCUUUGUGCCUCAUCGUGGCGCUUCAUCAACCAUGCCACAGAAGCGUAAUCCGAUUUCCAGCGAGGUCAUUCUUGCUGCCUCAAAAAUGUUGCGAGCUAAUGCGUCACUGGGGCUGGAUGCAAUGAUCACUGACUUUGAGCGCGCCUCUGGGCCCUGGCAUCUGGAAUGGGUGGCUAUCCCCGACGCAUUUGUUACCGCGGUCGGAGCGCUUCACCAAACAAACUUCGCGCUCAGUGGCUUGGUGGUGAAAGUUGACUCCAUGGAGCGCAAUUUACACUCUACCAAUGGUUUGAUUGUGGGAGAAGCAGUUAUGAUGGCUCUUGCGCCUCAUAUCGGACGACAAAAGGCACAUGAUGAAGUUUAUGAAGCCUGUAAAUCUGCUAUUGAGCAGAAUCGAUCCCUGCUGCAACUUUUGGAAGAGUCCCCUGUUCUGACUGGCGUAUUUACGAAGCAACAGUUGGUGGGAUUAUGCGACCCUCUGCAAUAUAUGGGUGCCAGUCGACUUAUGGUGGAUGAAAUGGUGAAGCGUUCUAAAUUGACUCUACACCAGAACGAUAUGCUCGUGAAUGGUAAUUAG